GUGUCGUAGAAGAGGACAGUGAUACUCGUCAUGUUUGGGGAUGUUUUGGGAUUUGGACUGAUUUUCGUCCUGACUUACUUUCCUCUCCAUCACAAGAAACGUGGUCAAGUACUGGGUUACAUAUGCAUGGUCUCGUCGCUAUGUGUGUUUGUCGCACCCCUCGGCGUCAUGGUGUCGUAGAAGAGGACAGUGAUACUCGUCAUGUUUGGGGAUGUUUUGGGAUUUGGACUGAUUUUCGUCCUGACUUACUUUCCUCUCCAUCACAAGAAACGUGGUCAAGUACUGGGUUACAUAUGCAUGGUCUCGUCGCUAUGUGUGUUUGUCGCACCCCUCGGCGUCAUG